AUGUUCCACAACAAACAUAAUAUGUUUUCAAUAUAUUCCCCUAUUUUCCAUAAUUGUUGUGUUGCGUUGUGUCUAUUCUACAUUUAUGGAAAGAGACGAAAAAGAAUGAAAAAAAAUUGGAGUCUCCAAAAUCCUCGACUAAAGUUCAACAAGUCGAUAGAGCUACCGUACUCUAAUCGUAAAUACUUCCCGUUUUACACACAUAAUCCUUCCUGCUAA